CGACGCCGACGUCGACCUUCGCCAGUUCUUCUGCGAUAUACACGCCCCGAAAGGCUCGAGAUCUUGAACAACAGAUGACCCUACAAUGGGUCCGCUGAUUUCCAAACUGUAUGCAUUCCGCGAUAUUGGACCCGAACUUCCUGCGCUCGCUGGCGACGGACUUACUUCCUUGCCUUCUCGGUGCCUAUGGUCUUCAAAGACCGCAUUCUCCUCGGAUUUUGCAUCCAUAUUCCCGAGGGAGCCUUAUAUAUGGUUUGUUGACAGAACUGGGCCUACCUCAACUGCGUUCCCUUCACGAUGGUGAAAGCCCUUCUGUUCGUUGCUCUGGCGCGAGCCGCGCUCACUGUGCAUGCCGCCACCGUUGCCUCCCAGCCCUCCGUGACUAUGCUAGGCAUCGGCGGAUCCGGCGCCUGGUGGCCCAACGACGUCUACAAGUUCCCCGACUCCGCGCGCACCAACCUCUCCAACCUUCUUUUCUCUGACUCCGGUCUCGGCCUCACAAGCUACCGGUACAACGUCGGCGGUGGUGGAGUGAACGUCUCGAACCCCGUCCGCGCGCCAGAGACCUUCUACGUUUCCAACGGCACGUACAACUGGGACGCGGACGCCGCUGGGCGCUACUUCCUCUACGCGGCACAGGAAGUCGGAGGCGAUGACCUCGAGAUCACGAUGUUUGCGAACAGCGCGCCGGCGGCGAUGACGAAGGGGCAUGCUUCGUGCAACACCGGCUAUGCGGAUGGAACUGGCGACUGGUACGGCGGAUUCCUCGCGGAUGUCAUUCAGCACUUCCUCGUCGACGAGGGCGUCUCCAAAAUCAAGUAUGUUUCCCCCAUGAACGAGCCGGACAGCACCUUCGGCCCGUCUCCUUGCGGGCAGGAAGGCAUGCAGGUGACGCAGUAUCAACGGGCCGAGCUCAUCAGGGGCCUAUUCAACGCGCUGUCGAGCCACGGCCUAACGGACCGAGUGGGGAUCCUCGCCGAUGAGGCGAACACUCUGGACAGGGCCACAAGCGAGUACAAUGACUGGUUACCCCAGGUCAUUGACCAAGUUGCGGCCAUCGUCCACCACACAUACGACUUCCCUUCGGACUCGGCGUAUGCUUCAUAUGCUUCCACGGUCAAGCAGCGUUACCCCGGAAAGGCGGCAUGGCAAAGCGAGGUCUGCUGCUCACUUGGCUCGGCGGAUGGUUCUGGACGUGGCUGGUCGGGCGGUUAUGACCCAACAAUUGCGAACGCUUUGAUGUGGUCGGGGAUGCUAUACCAAAGCAUCCUCGUAGGUGGGGAACCACACUACGAUUUCUGGACCCUCGUGUCCAAUGGCAUAGGCUGCAACCCGCGAAGCGACUCUUCAUGUCCCUAUAGGACCAACUCUGAUGGGUGGACGGAUGGCUUGAUCUACUACGACGGAAACUACGCGUCCAACGGAAACUACGAGUUCUACCUCACAAAACACUUCUGGACCUUCAAGCACUUCGGCAACUUCGUCAAGCCCAACUCGCCCGUCUACCCCAUCUCCGGCGCCGACUCCUCCGUCUCCAGCCGCACCCUCGUUGUCGGCACACCCUCCGGCAACGCCUACAACGUCAUCGCCAUGAACCCUUCCUCGUCUGACGUCCAGUUCGAGCUCGACUUCCCCCAGAGCGUGACGCCGACGAAGGCGUACAGGACGACGGCGUCGGAGGACUUUGCGGAGCUGGCGGGGACGGAUGUGGUGAAGGCGAGUGGGAGUGGGUGGCAGCUUACUGUGACGGGGAUGAGCCAGAUGACGUUUGUAUUCAGCAAAUGAAUCUAGUGUACGAGAGGAUAGUCAUAGUGGUUUAUGGAACGGGUGUAUCAAUAUGAUAGUGAAAGUGUACUCAGUCAAAAUCGAGCGCCCUUUCAAGCCGCCUUCCUUCUUUCAUCCUUAUUUCUCGAACCUGUGCACGGAAAUUAUACAGUAUGUCCCCGU